AUGCCUAAUAUAUUCGCACCGCCGGUGGCUGCGUACCGGUCACAUCCUGCAGUAUGGAGUCACUCCCAAGGAAGCCACAAGCGCAAGAAACAAAGACUGGACAAAAAAGCUGGCAGAAACGAGGACCAGGACGGUGGUGGGUUCCGAGAUCCAGAGGUACAAUCUAGCAGCAACCUUGAGUACACAGCUGUGGUCACUCCGCAAGAAAGACACCAACGUCGCGUGGCCGGCCAACCUCUUGAUCAAGAACCACCGCAGUUCCCGUUCCCUCAUGCUGCAGAUCCCGCGACGAAGGUCGGUGCUGGACGACGCAGUUCGCUAGAGGGAGGGAAGCGACCAGAAAUAACCCAUCUGCCAGAGACACCACAGUCUUUGCACAUGCAGCACCUUGCGGCCUUGACAACCAUACUUCAUCUGUCACUGCUAAAGGAAGAUUUCCCACGCGCAUCCCGCGCUCUGGGCUUGCUGUUCCGCGAAGACCUUGUCAGCGAGAAUGCUGCGAUGCGCAAUCGAGGCUUCAUGGGCAUUGCGGCAGAAGUACUUCUGCGCAAUGGAACUUCAAGAGACCACAGCCUGGAUUCGGCUGCAGCUUCACACCCUUUCACGCGCGAAGGUUUCGAGAAAGCCAAACGUCUCUAUGAACGACUUAUCGUCAGGCACCCUUACCACAAAUCCUGGCCUCACGUCGUCAAUGCUAUUGACUUUUACCUGGCGAUGUUCAAUCUAUGGAUUUACGUAGUUCAUAACGAACAUGCCACCCCAUCAAAGAGCCCCGAGGACAUUGAAAACGAUGUCGGGCCCAGCCGAAAGGUGAGAGAACUAGACCAGGCUAAUCAAAUUGCCAACAGAAUGGACACAUGCAUGGCAACCGUCCCAUACAUGGACGAGCCAGAGCUCAUCAGACUCCGUGCAAUGGUCGCACUCUGGACUGCUGAUCUCCACGAAGACUGCGCCUACAUCGUCAAGAACAACGACCCUCAGGCCAGCGAUGACUUCGCGGAGCAGCAUGGUCUGCCUCUGUUGCCGGAAGAAGAACAGGCGUCGCGAGAGAACGAGCACCUCUCUGAGGCAGGCCUCGCACGUGACAGGGCUCGGGAACUACUUUCAAGAUUGGGAGGUCAUGCGACAAGCGAAGAUGAAUGA